ACUAUCACACACACACACAUACACACACAUACUAGCCUACUACCUAGUACAGUCAAUAAAUUAGUACAAAGGAGUGUGUUCAGGCCUCAGUGGAGCAUAUCCAGGCGCACUAGCCUGUUUCCUGAGCUCAUGGCGUAUUACAUACAAGGUAAAAUGGGGAAUCUGUGGGCUAGCACAGGUCUGUAUGAUGAUACCAAAUAUUCAUUCAUCGAUCCGGAUUACCACAUAAACAUAGAGGAUUAUUUUCAACAUGUUAACGUCAUUGAACAGAGCCCUACAGACAUGAUGCUGGUUAAGAAGGAGCAGAAAGAUGCCGAGCUGGAUAGGAAGAUUGAGGCGUUGCGAAAGAAGAACGAGGCCCUUAUGAAGCGCUAUCAGGAGGUGGAGGAGGAUAAGAAACGGGCGGAGCAGGAGGGCAUGGCAAUGCAGAGCCGCAAAGGGAAGGUUGAGGACCUGACCAUCACCAUCAACAAGUCCCCAACUGAGAAGCGUGUUGUAACCAAGAAGGGUUUGGGAGAUGCAAUUCCUAAAGGGGUGAAGAACCAGGAGGACGUGUCCGACAUUUUUAGUGCUGGCCGUGGUAAAAGGAGGCAGCUUCUAGUCACUGCACCAGGAAACACUAAGGUUGGAAAGAAGCAGGAACGAAAGUGUCGAGUUGAAGGUGGUCAUCAUGGAUUCACUGAGUAUAACCCCUAUCCCCAGCAAACCGAAGUGCUGACUGAUCUCAGCAUCCCCACGUCCAGCGAAGAGCAGCUGGAGUACCUGCGCUGGAAAAAAGAGAGAGAAGAAAUCGACCGAGAGCGAGUGGCUCGCCACAAAAACUCCCAGGGCCAGUGGAGGAGAGCCUGGGACAUGGACAAACCCGAGCUUACGUUUUCUGAAAAAGGCACAGCGGAGAGAGGCACACAGAGCAGAGGAGGAAGAAAUGCUAGAAGAGGACAUUCCAGACCUUCAGCAACAGAAUCACGAGUUGGACAGCGUGAUAAGAGAGGAAAGAAUGUUCCCGUGGUUAGCAGUAAAGUGAAAGGAAAGGACCGUUUGACCGGCCGAGCCAGGAGAUGGGAUGCUAAAGAGGAAGCAGAGCAAUUACAGUUGGGGCCAGACACCAGCUUGGUGGAGUUUUUGGAGGAGCUGGAUGCUCUGUGUGAUCCUGAGUUCAACAGUAACAGUCCAGACACCGAGACCCAAGAAGCGGAAUCCACAGCAUCUGUGGAGACAGCUACAACCACCAGCUGUGUUUCUGCAGAUACAAUAAAGAGUCAGGUUAUUCCUUUAGACUCAGCCAACAAGAACACCUCCAACUCUAGAGGAGCUGAGAAGAAGGUCCGUUUUUUAGAAGACCUCAUUCAGGGAGUUUUCGAGAAGAACUCGAACACAGAUACGACAGAGAUCAAAGCCAGUUCUUUAAUAAACAUACAACAGACCAAAACAGUGCUUGGAGAGCAAGAUGCCCAACAGGACUUGGGUCAUGAUCAAGAAGGAAUGAAAAACAACCAGGUCACAGGCAUUCUUCUCACAGAUCCCCAAGCCAAAACAACAGACCAGUUUGAUUCCCAAGAGACAAGCAUUAAAGAACCGAAACCAACGCCUGAGAACUUCCUGAAGGAAGAACCUGAGAGCAAAUCUGAACAAUCACCUUGUGAUAUUGUUGGUUCUCAAAACGGCACUGAUGCCACAGCUUCUACUGAACAGAAACUGCUUCACAUGACGGAGGCUCUGAAGAAUAACACCUCCAGAAAUACUGAUGAACUGAUUGACUCCAGUCUCUCAGUACUGAGUUUGGAGUCUGGAGAUUCUCUGCCUGUCCAUAGCACCAGCACUGAAAAGGCAAGAGAGAACGGGAAAGUAGUUUAGAUGGCGUCUUCUUUCAUGGUCACUUCUGUUCGAGAUGGAAGACAGAAACCAAACAAAGCAAAAGGCUACACUGCAGUUUGCCUGUUUUAGUCUGUUCCAGCGUCAAGAAUGGUUAGUUUGAGAACUAAUAGGAAUUCACACCAUGAAGAGGUAGUGGGCAGUAUGGUGGUUCUAAGAUCAUUAGUUUUAAUACUCAGUUUUAAUGAUGCUCAGUGGCUCAGUUACGUCCAUAUACACAAACUAACAGCUAUAUGUAUUUUUUUUAAAAACAUAUUAUGGCUAUGGAAGACACCUGUUGUCAUUCAGAAAGAGGGGGACUGUGCAGUAUUGAAGCAGUCUGCUGUGUUGAUUUGGCUUACUAGCUGUUCUAUCACAUUAAAAACCUGAACAGAUUUGGAUAAAUUAGGGUGUGAUAUUGGCUUGUGCAUGCUUGUUAAAAUAAGCGUGCUGUUUAUUUCAUGAUGAACCAGUUGAUUCACUGUUGAAGUGGUUUCUUCAUUUGAUUUGUCUUUAUGCAUGAUUCCAUGGUUGCGGUGCCAUUUGUGUUUUUGUGUAUUAUCUCAUACUAAAUAGUUUAAAUCUUCAAAUGAAAUACAACAUAAAACAAAGGUAAGCUAAGUAAACACACAGAACACUUUUAUAUUUAUUUAUUUAUUUAUUUAUUUAUUUAUUUUGUUGAAGCAAAAUAGAAAAAAAGUUAUCCAACACCUAUCACUCGUGAAAAUUUAACUAAUAGCCCCCUUAAACUUAAAAUCUGGUUGUGCCACCUUUAGCAGCAAUAACUACAACCAAACACUCCUGAUAACUAGAGAUAAGUCUUGCACUUACUUCUAGGACUAGGAUUUACUCCUAUGCUUUGGAUCAUUAUCUUAAUGCAUAAUCCAGUUGUGAGUUUCAACUUACGGACUGAAGACCGGACAUUCUCCUUCACGAUUUUCUGGUAGAGAGCAGAAUUCAUGUUUCCCCCAGCUAUUGCAAGUUGCCCAGACCCUGAAGCAGCAAAGCAUCCCCACACCAUCACACCGUCACCACCAUGCUUGACCGUAGCUAUGUGUUCUUUUUGUGGAAUUCGGUGUUUAGGACGCUUGCCUUCCAAACAAUUCCACUUUUGACUCAUCAGUCCACAGAACAUUCUCCCAAAAGGUUUGAGGAUCAUCAAGAUGUGUUUUGGCAAAAAAAAAUGUUCUUCUGGGUUAGCAGCAAGAGAGCCCUGUAGAUCCUUGGAUGAUGUCCUUGACCUUUUGUGACUUCCUGGAUGAGUAGUUGCUGUGCUCUUUGAGGAAUAUUGGAAGGUCGCCCACUUCUGGGAAAGUUAACUACUGUGCCAAGUUUUUCCAUUUGGAGAUAAUGGCUCUCACUGUGGUUCUUUGGAGUCCCAGAGCCUUUGAAAAAGCUUUGUAACCCUUCCCAGACUGAAGUAUUUCAAUCACCUUCGUCCUCAUCAUUUCUGGAAUUUCUUUCAGUUUUGGCAUAGUGUGUUACUGGGUAAGACCUCUUAACCAACUUCAUGCUGUUGAAAAAGUUCUAUUUAAGUGAUGAUUUGAUUGAACAGGGUUUGCAGUAAUCAGGCCUGGUUGUGUCUAGUCCAGCUGAACCCCAUUAUGAAUGCAGUUUCAUAGAUUUGUGGAAUUAGUAACUAUGGCGGCAAAUAAAUUUUCACGCAAGCUCAGUUGGUAUCAGAUAACUUUUUUGCUUCAGUAAACAACCUUGUCAUUUAAAAACUGUAUUUUGUGUUUAUUCAGGUUGCCUUUUCUUUUAUCUUAGAUUGUGUUUUAAUUGCUGAAACAAUUUAGUAUGAGCUAUUCACAAAAUCGGAAGAAAUCAGGAUGGGGAAAAAUACUUUUUCACAGCACUAUAUGACAAUAAAAGAUAGACAUUUUAUACAUAGGUCCUUCACAACAUGCUAUAUUCAUAUUUAUGAUCAUUUUUUGUUACUUUUCUUUUUUUUUAACCAUUUCUCCCAAUUUCUUUCAAAAACAUCUCUUUUAUGUCUCAACAUAUGGGUUAGACAUUUUAAUGUUAUUGUUUUCUUGCCUAUUUCAGAUAGCGGAAAACAUUCAUCAAAAUAAUAGUUAAAAUAUUCUUUACAUUGGUGUGGUGUGCAAAUCCAUUUAACAUCCCACGCCUGAAGCAUCCUUUUCCAUGAGUCAUCCAUUAUAGAUUAUGAAAAAUGUACAGUUUAGUUAUGUUCUGCAAUAUUCUUUCACCCCUGAUACCUGAACACAUUCACAACUCCUCUAGGACUCUUUUUUUUAUAUUUGGUUGAUUCAUAUACCUGCUGGAAAAAAAGCAUAAUAUUACAUAAUAUGUAAUAGUUUCAGUGGUUAUAAUGGGAGUUGUGUUGGUUUUAAUGGAAACUAUAAUGUUCCCUGUGGGUCUCUACUGGGAAUUUGUUGCCUUCUAUUGGUGGUAUGUUAUGUCUAGUGGAUACUAUUAAGGACCAGUAAUGGUAAUAGUUAGCUGAUGGUUUUUAAUGGUAUUUGUAGUGGAAACCAUUGGAAUUUCUGUGAUGAUUUCUAUAGUUUUUUUUUUCAGCAGGAAUGAAAUGAUUUAGACCAGAUUUAGUUUUAGAUUUUUUAUUUUUUUAAUUUAUUUUUUUUUUUAUCAAAGAUAAAUUUUUAAAAACUUUGUUCUAAUCAGUUUCCAGCUUUGAAAAUAGCCAUGGUUGCUGGCAUGGUGUUAAAUUACAAACAAACAAGCAUGGAACAGGAAAUUGCAUCAUCAGAAUUUCCUGAAGAUCAAAAACGUCAUUCUAUUUCCUUAAUUUUUUUUUUCUAGUGAUAUUGUGAUAUAGACUGACGAGGUCACUUUAAAGUACAACACUGUUACCGAAAUUAUAGGUCAAAAUUAUUCACUUAAAAAAUGUAUUUAAGUAAAUCUUUCAGAUUUCCUUAAUGUAGGGUGACCAUGCAUCCUCUUUUUCCUGGACAUAUCCUCUUCUAAUUUUUGUGUAAAAGGUCCGGCGUUUUGCUUUGCUUUCACGUCAACAUUUUCUUUUUCUCCAGUCACCACACAGUCUGUGUGCGUAUUUGCAUUGCUUUAACCCAUCUCUUUAGGUUCCGCCUUCUCUCCUUCAACAACUGGUCGAUUGUGUACACAUUCUGCAUGCAACCAUUGGUCAAACUGCUUCUCAAUCAUUACCCUCAGCUUGUGUGUGUAGGAAGCGCUCAUCCACCGCAGCAACCAGAGACAGGUGAUUGGUUGAGAAGAGUAGUGCAUGGAACCUGAACACAGCCUAAAUAUGCCCAAAUACAAAUGUAAAUACACAGAUGAAUUACAGAAAAAGAUUAUUGAUUUUGUCUCGGUUGGGGAGUGGACCAGAUAUUCUAAAAGGAGUCUAAAAGCAUUGAAUUUCAUUCAGACCUGCUGAGGAUUGCACAGAUUGCACAAACAGUGCAAUGUUUUGCUACGACUUUUAUGCCAGAAGUACUGUAUAACCUACCUGGGCACAUCAGGAGGACUGAAACGUGUCUAGUGAAAUAGAAUAGAAAAAAAAAAGGUGACUGAUUUUAUUUUAGGGGGUCACAGUGAUUAGAGCGUUUGCCUUGUACCUCUGAUGUUGGGGGUUUGAUUCCUGUCUCCACCCUGUGUGUGGAGCUUGCAUGUUCUCCGUGUGCUUCAGGGGUUUCCUCUGGGUACUCCGGUUUCCUCCCUCAGUCCAAAGACAUGCGUUGUAGGCUGAUUGGUGUCUCUAAAUUGUCUCAUAGUGUGUGAGUGUGUGUGUGUGAUUGUGCCAUGCGAUGGGUUGGCACCCCGUCCAGGGUGUCCUGCUGCCAAGUCCCCUGGGAUAGGCUCCAGUCUCCCCACGACCCUGUGUAGGAUAAGCAGUACAGAAGUACAGAUUUGAUUUGAUUUUAUUCUAUGGUCAUUAAAAGAAAAAUAAUAUGUAAAAAGUGGUAAAAGUUCAACAAGUUUUUUUUUUUUUUUUUUUUUGCAUUUUAUUUAUUUUUUAAUUGUAAGUAAUUGAUUUAAAAGGAGAUUAUUUGGCCAUAUAGUUUAUUGAGGCAUUUGGUAAGACUCACCACAUCCUCCCAGCCACCCCAAGUGCCCAAAAUCAGAACUGUACUUAAUGUGCUCAUACCAUUAGCAUAGCUCCUAGUUCAUAUUAUUGUUGUCAUCAUAUUUUUUUUUUUAUUUGCUAGUUCUGUGCUAAAAGAAACCCCCCCCCUCAACUGUUUUACUUUGAACCAUGUUACUUAUUUAAGUGCAAAGUGCAGCCAUUUCUAAUCAAAAAAACUUUGUAAAAAUUAGAUUGUUGCCUGAAAAUCGAUAAAUUGUUAAAUUGAUAAGUUUUUUUUUAGAGCAAAUGUUGAAAGAAUUGUUGCCAACAACGGCUAAAUGGCACCUCAAUCAUGAAAUCACCUUUAUACUUUUUCUGCAUAAAGUGCAUAAAUCAUUCUGCAACAAAUCGAAAAGGUUUGUUGUUUGUUCAACAGGGAGUCAAACAUACUAAAAAUGUUCAUCAAUCAUUACAGUACAUCAGUAUACCAUGAUAUUUACUGAUCAUUUUAAUAUAAUGAGUCCUUAUUGAUCACAUAUACAUAUGCACAGUGAAAUUCUUUUCUUUGCAUACCCCAGCAUGUUAGAAAGCUGGGGUCAGAGCGCAGGGUCAGCCAUGAUACAGCGUUCCUGGAGCAGAGAGGUUUAAGGGCCUUGCUCAAGGGCCCACAAUGGCAGCUUCGCAGUGCUGGGGCUUGAACGCCUGACCUUCCAAUCAGUAACCCAGAGCCUUAACCACCAAGCCAUCACUCCCCCCCCAAAUAUACCCUGAUGUAAAUUUUUGACCAUACCACCCUCUACUAACAUGACAUUACUAACCAAUUUUUGCUAAUGUGUAGGUAAUAAUGAUGACCUGAGUUCUGUGUGUUUUGGCUAAAAGAAAAGUUUGGAACGAAGGGAAAAAAGGAAAGUGUCUGAAAGUCAUUGAAUGACAUCUAGAUUAGAUCUUAUGAGGUAAAUGUGUAAAGAAUACUAGGGGUGGAUGAUACAGCCUGAACUGGGGGCGACAAUGAUCACAAUACAUCAGAGUGUACUUAUUUUUUAAGGAGAAACAGUCUCUUACUGAGAAAAAAAACACAAGAUUUUAAGUCUUGUGGAAUUUUCUCAAUCGUCGGCAUUUCUCACACAUCAUUGGUUGGUAUCAUUGGUAGUUGUAGUAAUCACAAUUUAUUAGGAGUUAUGAAAAACACUUGAAGUGCUAUUGUUUCUGUCUGAGUGUGCUAUGGGAGAAAAAAAAAGUAAAGGUUAGGUCAAUUGAUUUGUGAAAUGCUGAAAUCGUAGCGUUGAGACUGUACUUGAGCUGAGAAAUUGGAAGUGAUAGUGAUGGUGUGGCUGCGUUAGGAUGAUGUGACUAGGUGUUCAGAAAUGUACAAAUGAGAAACCUCUAAGCUUUUCCUUUCACCCAUAUAUCACACUUAUUGCAAUGUUACCUGAAUCGAGAGGAAAACUAUGAUCAUUGCUGAUUUGGAGUCAAAUGGAAACCUUAAACAAACAGGUUUUUUUUCUAGAUGAAUCCGGACACUCAUUAAGCACAGGAACACUCGCGUAAUAAACAAUGCCAAAAAAAAAGAAGGGAUUUCAUUUGCCUCAAUCUCGUACAUUUACAGCUAACAUUAAGUCUUUCUAGAGCUGCAACUUGUCAUAAUCGUUUAAUCAGCCAAUUAUUUUCCCACUUUGAUCGAUUACUCGGAGGGGGGGCUUUCAGUAUGAUUUUACAAAUUUAAACUUCAGACUAAAACUUUACAUUAACACAACUAUUUGUCCAAAUAUGAACUAAUAAAUAAUGAACUAAUAAAUAUAAAUAAGUAUUUAUGCAUUAUUUUUUUUAUGGAUGCACAAAAAAGCACUGAUAAAUAACUACAUUCCUAAAUGAAUAAUUAAAGUAGCACCUAUUAUGGUUUUUCAAAUAUUACCUUUCAUGUAAUGUGUUAUAGAUCUGUUCCUGAAUGUAAAGCGUGCAAAAAUCAAAGCACACGACAAACGGGGUUAUUGACUCCCAAAUGAAGGAACCGAUUCCGAAAAGCCGAAACGAGUCGUUAGUGACUCCAGACUUACUUACUGUAAUAACCUAGGUACUUUUGUAACAAAAAGCCCCAUCUCGGGUCUUCAUCAGCCGCUCGCUGACAGCGGUAGACCAGUCACAACAGUCUGGGACAUCUGACCAAUCAGAGCAGAGUAUGCUCUCUGAAAGGAGGAGUUUAGAGUGAAUCCUUUAGGACGGAUCAUUGAACGAGUCGUUUUUAAUGCUGCAGUGUAAGUUAUGAGCACAUUAAAGUGUUUUUUGACCUUGGAUGCAUGUAAAUCUUUAAAACAAAAUCAAACACGUUUCAAUACCAUAAUAGGUGCGCUUUAAAUCUCACUUUCACUGCACCAUACGGUUUCCGUUACUCACUGCCUUUAGGCAUAUUGUUUUACGUACGUUUACUUUGAUCAUUGUGUUUUAAUCAGACAUUAGGGAUCUUACUUACGCUACACUGUUUAUCACUGCGUCUAUUGCGAGUGAGGAGCAAUGCGGCCUUGUUACAAAUAGAUCACUUCCGUUACAAUAAUAAACGAAUUUACGCAAAUACAGCAUAUAACAUAAGUCUGUGCUCGUGCAUCACUGCCGUGCUUCUGUGCUACACAAACUCUACUUUAUAAAAUUUGCAGGUUGUAGUUUUCUUCACUACAUUUAAUAUAACAUGCUCCCCUGCCUUAGAGGACUUGGGUCGCACACUUUUUUCAUGUUGGGCAUAAUAGGUAACGUUCACAUAAACAGUAAAGUGAUGAAAUAAUUUUUGUUGACUCUAGGUAUUCUGCUAAAGCUAGCUGUGUCACAUUACUUGCGUUUGACGUUGUGCGCCAUCGACUGGGAAACGGCUUAUACUUCUGGUUAGUAAAAAAACGCUAGUGUUCCAUUUGAGACGAUAUUACCGCACUAGACGAUACAGUACAUAGUACAUAGUGUAAGUGUAUAGUAUGUCAUUUAGGACACAACUUUAGUAUUUACUCUCUGAAGCGUGUUUUCGGAACAGAAGUAAUGCAGGGUAUCCCAUGCCCUGCGCAGACCAACUAAUCGAUAACGAUACUCGCUUACAAUGAUUUUCAUAAUCGAUUAUUAUCAGUUUGAUUGAUUAGUUUUAGUUGUUGCAGUUCUAAGUCUUUUGAUAACAAUCGGUUGCAGACAGCUAGAUAACUUUUAAUCCUUGAGUAACACAUUUUAAACCUACAUUGAUUCCCACUUUCUGAUCUUAUUAUCUCUAGAAUUUUUUACAGUAUUACAUUUACACUUCUUUGAUACUCCCGCCUCCCUCUUUUUGAUUGUGUAACUGACAUAAAUUCCAGCCAAUCAGUCCUUAACAACUGGGAAACAGAUACUUACUUCAGAAAUGCCAACUUUUCUUGCACUGAAACUGCCCACUACUAGUUGCUACUGAUUUUUGAAGGAAUUUUGGUUUGAAGACCGUGCGCAUUACACUAAAAAGCACUAGGCAGCAUAUUGAAUGUCAAAAUUAAAAUUUUUAAUGGGUUAUUUGACACAUUAUAAUGCACAGAAAAUAAGCAUACAGUACAUACUCACAGGAAAUCAGCCACAUGAUCCAAAUGGUGUACAACCUAUACACCGGAUACAUCAAUCACAUGCUACUGGUUUUUUGGGGGGGUUUUUUUGUUUUGUUUUUUUUUGUAUGCACAUAUUUUGGGAAGUGAUAAUUUGGGAAAAGACAGUUCAAGCAAUGUUUACUGCUUUUAAAGUAUGUUUAUAAGCACUUUAUUUUGUAUAGCUACUCACUAUGUUCAGAAAUGUUACUGUUAAAUCUGAUAAACACUGUACGUUAAAAUAAUUUAAGACCCUUUAAGACUGAACACUUCUGUCACAUAACACAAAAAUUUCAAGUCCAGAAUUUAUUUUCUUGCUUGUGCAGAAUCUUGUUCAGUUGUGAAGAAUGACAAAAUGCAUUUUAUAUUUGCACAUAUUAUAAAAUAGGCCUGAAGCGAUAUGCUUAGAAUAAAUCUAAUAAUGCAAUACUUGUUUUGUCUUACGUUUGUAAUGCUGGUUAGGUAUGAAGAAGGAAAACGUGAUUCAAAAGUCAAGUUGAAAAUAUAUGUACCUCUUUGUAGUAUGAAAUAUUGCCUAAUAACAUAAAAAUGUUAAUAUUUUCAUACUGUAGGAAAAUGAUUACCAUUUUUGAAUGUCAAUGACAAUAUAUUGUUCCAGGCCUUUUCUCAACAUUUCAUUAUGACUGAAUAUACAGUGGUGCUUGAAAGUUUGUGAACACUUUAGAAAUUUCUACAUUUCUGCAUAUAUAUGAACUAAAACAUCAUCACAAAGGCCUUAAAGUAGAUAAACCCAAUUAAACGAAUGAGACAAAAAUAUUACACUUAGUCAUUUAUUUAUUGAGGAAAAUGAACAACACCAUUGUUGUUCAGUGUUCUCCUGAUGGUGGACUCAUGAACAUUAACAUGAGCCAAUGUGAGAGAGGCGUUUAGUUGCUUAGAAGUCAGCCUGGGUUCCUUUGUGACUUCGUGGACUAUUACACAUCAUGGUCUUGGGGUGAUCUUUAUUGGUUGUCCACUCCUAUGAAGGGUAACAAUGAUCUUGAAUUUCCUCCAUUUGUACACAGUAUGUCUGACUGUGGAAUGGUGGAGUCCAAACCCUUUAGAGAUGGUUUUGUAACCUUUUCCAUCCUGAUGAGCAUCAACAAAUCUCCUUUGUUCAUGCCAUGACACACUUCCACAGACAUGUGUUGUGAAGAUCAGACUUUGAUAGAUCCCUGUUCUUUAAAUAAAACAGGGCACUCACUCCCACUUGAUUGUCUUCCCAUUGAUUGAAAACAUCUGACACUAAUUUCACCUUCAAAUUAAUCUGCUAAUCCUAGAGGUUCACAUACUUUUGCCACUCACAGAUAUGUGUGAAAAUCUGAUGAUGUUUUAGGUCAUUUUAUAUAUAUAUUCACAAACUUUUAAUCACAAUAUUUUUGUUCAGUUUAAUGUUGCAAUUUUCUGCUUUAUUCAAGCAUGAAUUAAGUGACUAAUUUAAUAUUUUAUUUUGUACAUCAUGCUGUAAUUGAUAUAUUGCCACUGUCACUUUGUGUCCAGCAGAAUUUGAAAUGAGUUUUGUGUACAACAUACCGUAUUAAACAGAUUUUGGCUCA